UCCUAUCAGUUUCCCCCGUGGGCAUCCAUACGAAGGAAGAUGAAAACAAGUUCAAGCUGACAUUCAUAUAGUUUAAAUAAAAAGAUAAAGCCUCCCACCUCCAAACAAAUCAACUCGAGAAGCCACAACACAACAACACGUUCGCUGACCUGAGUGUUGCAAAAAUCCCGAUGUAUCGUGAACGCCUCACAGCUCAUCUGCAUCCUAUAUUCGUGACGUCAGCAUUGGCGCGAAAUGUUCGCGGUCGUCUCGCCGGUGCGACUUUUACUUUCUUCCGGCAUUGCUUUUCAUAAUUCAUACCGCCGGAGCGACGACAUGAUCGGCCAAAGGACUAUUAAUUCCUUUUUCUCAACGCUCUCCAAGAAGACGUCUUGCAAAGACUUAAACAAAGCCGAGAAGGAUGCUAAGGAGUCGAACAAGCGCAAGUCCUCGGAGCUCGAACCGGAGCCCUCCGUUUCCCGGUCGGCUCCUCUGUCUCAGGAGCAGCUGGACCUGAUCGCGCGUAACAAGAAGGCGGCGUUGCAGAAGCUCUGUGCCGGUCGGACUCCUCCGGGCUUUGCGGAGACCUGGCAAAAGGCCCUGGAAGCUGAGUUUGGGAAACCUUAUUUCAAACAGUUGAUCCAGUUUGUCGACGAAGAGCGGAAAUGCCACACCGUCUUCCCGCCCGCCGACGAUGUCUUCACCUGGACACAAAUGUGUGAAGUCCGCGACGUGAAAGUGGUGAUCCUCGGUCAGGACCCGUAUCAUGGUCCAAACCAAGCCCACGGAUUGUGUUUCAGUGUCAAACGUCCUGUGCCUCCCCCUCCCAGUUUGGAAAAUAUGUACAAGGAGCUGGCGAACGACAUCGAAGGCUUCCAGCACCCCGGGCACGGAGAUCUAAGCGGCUGGGCCAAACAAGGUGUGUUGUUGCUCAACGCCGUGCUGACGGUGCGUGCGCACCAGGCCAACUCGCACAAAGACAAGGGCUGGGAAACGUUCACCGACGCCGUGGUGCACUGGCUCAGCGACAAUCUGGAGGGGCUGGUGUUCGUCCUGUGGGGGGCGUACGCUCAGAAGAAGGGAGCCACGAUUAACCGGCGACGACACCACAUCCUGCAGACGGCGCAUCCUUCUCCCCUGUCGGCUCAUCGCGGAUUCUUUGGCUGCAAGCAUUUCUCCAAGGCCAAUGAGCUGCUGGAGAAAUCUGGGAAGUCACCCGUUGACUGGAAGGCACUUUAGACAAUCUUUCUCGCACCAUGUUGACUAACUACGCACUCCUCUAUAAGCUUGGUCAUAUUUUCAGUUAUCUUUCGAUAACAUGUUUACACUAGACACUGUUAUGCUUCGUGGAAAGUUCCUUUAUUGCCUUUUUUUUUUUUUUUUAAAUACAUUUCGCACUCUUUGAGUUUUAUUGUUGCAUGUUUGUACAAUGUGGGCUUUUUUUUUUUUUUUUAAAUGCAUUUAAAGAUGUUACUACCUCUUGCAUUUGAUGGCCUGUUGGGCUCAGUUGUGACACUGAAAAAUUGAGGUUAUUUUAUUUUAUUUUUGAGUAAUAAAGACUUAUGACAAGCACA